AUGUCACCAGAUGUUUCUGUUAAACUCAAUAUGGCAAUCACUGCAUCAGGAACCAAGAAAGGCGAGCUGUUUCUGGCCGAUGUGAAUACGCAAUUGAAGAACAAGAACAUUACAACUGAUGUGAAAGUGGACACAAACUCUAACGUAAGACAUCCAGUUUGGUUGAAGUAUGUUGAACAAGAAUUGUCGAAGAAAAGGGGCAAGAGCAUUGAUGCUACAGAUCAAAUUGAGAAUGAUUUACAAAGUGCAGAGGAUGAAUUGUACGUCAUUCCAGAGCAUCUUAAGAUCAAUAAUGGGAAGGAGUUUCUCCUAACAGAUACUGUUGGAUUCAUCCAGAAGCUACCAACAACACUUGUUGCUGCAUUCAGAGCAACACUGGAGGAAAUAUCAGAGUCCUCGCUUUUGGUGCAUGUUGUGGAUAUCAGCCAUCCACUAGCUCAGCAACAGAUUGAUGCUAUCGACAAAGUUCUGUCAGAGCUAGAUGUUGCAUCAAUUCCAAAGCUAAUGGUUUGGAACAAGGUAUUUCUUGAUACUUUUUCCUUUAUUGUUCUUUCUUCAAUUUGUUUGGUCCAGCAUUACUUUAUUUUCUUUUUCCUCUGUUUGAGACACUACAUUAGAUGUAUGAUAACAGUUACUACUCCAAUCAUUAGCGUUGAAAACAAUAAACGUAUAAAUUGAUUCAUUGAAAAGUAGUCAAUUGAAUGAUGGUAGCAACAAAGGGUUAGGAUAUGGAGAUUGGAGUAGGAUCAAAACCAUGGGUAGAAGAUCCCCACCAAUGAGAUCUAACCUCACACCCAAACAACUUGGUCUAAAAACGGCAUAUAACCUUCCUAACUGGGAGGGCCCAUAUACUGCAGGGAAUAAACUUGAUUAAAUUCCCCUUCAUCACCCAUUGAUCCAUGCAAACACAGAGAACAUGCGUCAAGUAUGCAACUUCUACUGCCAUAGAACCUAGGGAGAU